AUGAAGGAGGAGAAGGUAAAGGAGAUAGAGAAGACAAUGGAAAUGGAGAUGGAGAUGGAGAGGGAGAGGGAGAGAGAGAGGGUGAGGCAGAUGGAGAAUGAGAAGGAGAAGGCUCUAGAGAUGGAGAUGGAGCUAAAGAGAAGAAAUAGCGUUGGCAAGGAAAAAAAAGAAAAAACUAGAGAAAAGAAGGACAAAAAUCUCCGACAUAAGGAGAAAGAUGCAGAGCCAAAGGAAGGCAAUGAUGACGAGGAAAAUGACAAGGAGAAGGAGAAGGAGAAGGAGAAGGAGAAGGAGAAGAAAAAUAGUGAGCGUAAAAAGUUAAGAGAUAUAUUUUUUUUAAAGGAAAAAAAGGAGAAAAAGCUUCGACAGAAGGAAGAAGAUGGUGAGCGCAAUGACAAUGAAGAGGAGAAGGAGAAAGACGUUGAGGCCAAGGAGAGCAAUGAAGAUGAGGAAAAUUACAUGGGCAAGGAGAAGAAAAUUAGUGAGCACAAAAAGAUAAAAGAAAUGUUUUUUCCAAAGGAAAAGAAGGAGAAAAAGCCACGACAAAAGGAAGAUUUUGAGCCCAAGGAGCACAAUGACAACGAGGAGGAGAAGGAGAAAGACGCUGAACCCAAGGAGAACAAUGACGAUGAGGAAAAUGACAUGGGCAAGGAGAAGAAAAAUAGCGAGCACAAAAAGAUAAAAGAAAGAUUUUUUUCCAAGGACAAGAAGGAGAAAAAACCCCGACAGAAGGAUGAAGAUGUUGAUGCCAAGGAGCGGAAUGGCGAUGAAGAAGAAAAUGAGAGAUGUAGCACUCACAAAGACAAAAAAGAAAGUUUGUUUUUUAGGGCAAAAAAGGAGAUGAAACUCCGACACAAGGAGAAAGACAACGAGCUCAAAGAGAGCAAUGGCGAUGAUGAGGACACGCAGAAAAGUAGUGACCACAAAGAGAAAAAAGGAAAUUUCUUUCAAUGGCAAAAGAAGGAGAAAAAACUCCGACACAAGGAGAAAGAUGAGGACGGGGAGAAGGAGAAGGAGAAUGAGGAAAAUAGUGAACACAAAGAAAAGAGUAGAGAAAAGGACAAAAAAUUGCGACGGAAGGAUAAAAAAGGAGACAAAUACAAGCAGUUGGAGCAAAUGGAAGAGCGCCAAUCCUUUGAAAAUUAGAUUCUUUGAGUUCCACUUUAGCAUAAUAUUUGUGGCGGGGAUAUAGGAAUAUUUUUUUGAUUAUUUAUUUAUUUUUUAUUUAUUUAUUUUUUUGGGAUUGUUCUUGACCAGUGUAAUUUUGUAUAUAUACA